AUGGUUUGUUUCACUGACACAUCGUCCACUUGCCCGGCGUUUGUACAGUUUGUCAUCUUCACGAUUUUCUGCUCAUUCAGCUUCGCCGCGGUCCCCAGAUACCGACCGAUUCAUCGUUCCUGCGGCGUGGCUGCCCCCUCAGAAGACCUCGUUGUCACACAUCGAUAUCUACAAGAACACGAACCACUCGAGAACGACCUGUGGAACAGUUCCCUCGUCGCUGCUCGUCAUUCCCCCCAUCAUGAACGUCGUCAGACCUUGACUCCCUUAUACACGAUUGACACUUACGUGCAUAUUGUAUCCGACGCCGCCAGCUCGUUCUCGUCGUCGCCGAACUACGUCACAGAUAGCAUGGUCCAAAACCAGUUUGUCUAUCUCGCCCAAUCUUACACCAACGCGUCGAUCGGGUUCCGGUUGGCGGGCGUGACCAGGACGACGAACGACACGUGGGCGAGCAACGGGGAUGACGUCGCCAUGAAGCGGGCACUGCGCCAGGGGACGUACUCGAGUCUGAACAUCUACUAUCAGUCUCUCCUGCAGGCCGGCAGCAACACGCCUGGGGUGCCCGCAGGCAGUACCCUGCUUGGGUUCUGCUCCUUGCCCGCAAGCGGUGUGACGUCGACGACGCAUUCGAGCCUGUAUGUCAUCGAUGGAUGCAAUGUUCUCAGCGGGACGAUGCCCGGAGGGAAUAUGCAGGGGUACAAUCUGGGGGGAACCACGGCGCACGAGGUGGGCCAUUGGAAUGGGCUGCUGCAUACGUUCAAUGGAAACAGUUGCGAUGCGUCAGAUUGGGGCGAUUACGUCGCGGACACGCCGCAGCAGAUGACCAGCACCAACGGCUGCCCGCCCUCCAAAGACUCCUGCCCCAACUCGGGCAUCUCAUCCACCGCGUACACCGGGCUGUCCAGCCAAGGUUCGAAUCCAUAUGGUCCGCAGGGCUUUUCAGGACCCGACUCGAUCCACAAUUUCAUGGAUUACUCCGACGAUGCGUGUUAUACAGGAUUUACGCCGGGCCAGGGGGCCCGGAUGCUGAAUGUGUGGAACAUCUAUCGGGCAGGCCUGUGA